UGUCACAUAAAUAACAAAGGGUUGCUUGCUCUCUCUUCUUUCUCCCAUUUGAUUAUGAUUCAGAUUCAUCGUUAACGUUUUAAUCUCUCACUAAUCAAUGUUUCCCUCCAGUUAAUCAAAACAAAUUAAUUAUUUUCACCCACUACACCAGACAAUCAUCAACUUACGACGGGUCCCACCAAUUCUUGCCUCUUUCCUUUCUGGUUCCCUCAUGUUGUUCUCGGUUCUCCCAGCUCUCUCCAUCUCUGUCCCCAAUGCUUCACUGUAUGGAGAAUUCACUAGAGUUUUAUGAAAGGGGUCGGAAUGAUCUUAAAGAUUGUUAACGGCCAUGGAGUUUUCAUGUUAAAGGUUUGUUCCUCUGUGGCCUUUUGGGUUUCGUCAAGAUCUGUUCGUACUUUCCAUUCACCAGUUCAGGCCACAGCAACACAGGUCAGAUGGAUAUACAGUCAAUAAAAUGUGUUAUUAAUAGCAUUUCUCGGUUCAUUCAUCUAGUUUCAUGCCAGACAACAAAGAUGCCUGCUCAACAGAGUUACAGAAUUAUGGCCAGCUCACUGAAGCUUUUGAAACGGGUCCUUGAUGAUGUUGUUGACUAUGAUAUACUUCCAGACGUGGUCCUUUGCAAGGAGUAUGAAGAACUGGAUAUAGCUGUUAAUGAGGCUAGGGAGUUUAUGGAGAGGUGGUCUCCAAAGAUGAGCAAGAUCGGUAGUGUUCUGCAGAGUGAAUCGCUGGUGAUGAAAAUACAGAGCUCUUCACUUAAGAUUUGUCAUGUUUUAUGUAAAUCAUUACAAUCAGAAUCCUCUUCUUCAAUUUCUAGAGGCAUUCAGAGCUGCAUGCAGGAACUUCAACGUUUAAAGCUGCCAAUAAUGUCAAAAUACAUAGAAGAAGCUCUGAAAAUUCAGAGAGAAGGAAUGGUUCCUCCUCCUGAACUUCUAAUAAAAAUUAUUGAGUCACUUAGUCUGACAUCAAACCAAGAACUUCUGGAAGAGAGUGUGGCCUUGGAAAAGGAGAGAAUGAUGACUCAGAUCAGUGAAGUUAAAGGGGCACUAGAUCAAAUCAACAACAUCAUUAAUCUCAUGUCCCACAUUCGUGAUUGCAAGGUUAAACUUGACAACUAUGAAGCCACAGAUGGUGUCCAAAUCCCUUUACCCUUUCUCUGUCCCCUGUCGUUGGAACUUAUGUGUGAUCCAGUGAUUGUGGCUUCUGGCCAAACCUAUGAUCGACCUUCCAUCCAGAUAUGGCUGGAUAAUGGAUUGACUAUAUGCCCAAAAACCCGUCAAAUGCUUUCACACACAGAUUUCAUUACCAAUUACACUGUCAAGGCUCUGAUUGCUAAUUGGUGUGAGGAAAACCAUAUAAAACUCUCUAAAGCCUUUGAGUGCAUUAAUGAUAACAUGCCAGCCUCAUUCAAAUCUGAAGGUCUGCCUGCUCCAGAUCUCAUUUGUACGGACUGUUUCCAUAGUUCUACACAUAGCAAUGAUUCCAUGUCAAGAUCCUCCUUUGAGGUUGCAAAUGGGUGCCAGGAUCUGAAGAAUGAUGGUUAUUUAAGAUGUAUGAAGGAAGAACUGAAUGGAGGCCAGUCCAGGGAAACGGAACAUUUUGCCCAUUCAUCUCCGGAACAGUCAUAUGUACACAGCAGGAGUGAAUCAGCCUCAAGUGCUGUUUCUAGCAUUGAUUAUCUGCCUACAACAUCAAUUGAUGUUUCAAGGAUAUCCACUAAGCAAGAAAAUGCGUCUGGGUUGUCAGGGGAAGUGAUAUCUGAGUGUUCCAUUUCUUCCCCUUUAAAUAAGAAUUCAGAAAUCUCUCCCAGGCUAUCUGGAAAGCAAUUUCACAAUUCCAAGAAAGCGGAUGAAAUGGCCAGCAAUGGUAAAAGUAAGUACCCAAGAAGACUUUCUCUUCCAUCUUCUGAACCAGGUUAUGAUGAAUUGACCACAGCUUCUCAUGUUGAAAAAUUGGUUGAAGAUCUAAAGAGCCAAUCUAUUGCAGCACAAACUUUGGCUGCAGCAGAGUUACGGUCUCUUGCAAAACAUAAUGUGGAGAAUCGUGUUAUUAUAGGCCGUUCUGGAGCUAUUGCACCAUUGCUGUCACUGUUAUAUUUGGAAGACAAACAAACUCAAGAACAUGCAGUAACUGCCCUUCUGAACCUAUCAAUUGAUGAAAACAUUAAGGCCAGUAUUGCAGAAGCAGGAGCAGUAGAAUCACUAAUCCAUGUCCUGAGAACAGGAAAUGCGGGGUCCAAAGAGAAUGCUGCAGCCGCCUUGUUCAGCCUCUCUGUUUUGGGAGAAUACAGGAUGAAGAUUGGCCGUUCUAGUGCAGUUAAGGCUUUGGUUGAUCUUCUUCAGUCAGGUACCAUAAGAGGGAAGAAAGAUGCUACUACUGCCUUGUUUAGCCUAUCAAUCUUUCAUGAGAAUAAGGCCCGCAUAGUUCAAGCAGGAGCUGUGAAGUAUCUUGUGGAAUUGAUGGACCCUUCAUCAGAAAUGAUUGACAAGGCUGUUGCUCUUCUGGCAAACCUGUCUACAAUUGCAGAGGGAUGCACUGCUAUUGUGCGAGCUGGGGGUAUACCAUUCCUUGUUGAGAUUAUUGAGACAGGAUCACAGAGGGGAAAAGAAAAUGCUGCCUCCAUACUGUUCCAACUGUGCAUCAAUAGUGCCAAGUUCUGUCGCAUGGUUCUACAAGAGGGAGCUGUUCCACCUCUUGUUGCUUUGUCCCAGUCGGGCACUCCCAGAGCGAAGGAAAAGGCACAACAGCUUCUCAGUCACUUCCGGAACCAGCGCGAAGGGCCGUUGGGGAAAGGACACUCAUGAGUGCUGAUAUUAUAAUCAAUUAAUUCCUGUUCCUUCCAUAUCCUAUCCCAAGUUACGCUAACGGUUCUAUAGAGGAAAUGAUUUCAGAGCCAAGCUUGCCAUCCUACCCACCUCUGAAGGUGAAGUGAUCCCACUUCCAAAGUUCCAUUCCAAAUGAUUGAGCCCCCGCUUCUGGGACAAUAUGAUCCAUCUGUGUUGAGCUAAAUGAUGCAGCCAUGGCCAAAAUCCAUCAUCUAAUCUUGUCUGCUCUUUCCACAAUUGAGUUUUAGCUGUUUGUACAUACAUAUAAAUAUGUUGAAGUUGUUGUUCAAAGUCUAAUUAGAGUUGUUGAUGGUGUGGUAGUCAGGUGAUUUUUGACUAGGUUUCUGCCGUGGCCAGAUUGUCCUCCUGCUAGGGUGUUACACUCUUGCUGCAUUCUGAUAUAUAUAUAUAUAUGUAUGUAUAAAAUAAAUUAGACUA